UUCCCGGGACCACAAUUCCCAGAGACUUGACUUCGCGGCUUUUCUCUCUGUGUCGUGUUUCUCUUGAAGCUGGCUAGGCCACUAGGCCCACAGCGACGACGUGCUGCGUCGUGUCCAGUGUCAGGGUGUACUCUUUUGCCAGGCUUUCUGUUCUUUCAACCACUUUUGCCGGACAGGCCGUCGCAACUGGCCUGAGCAGUGACCUGGCGGGCCGCGCCUGCGCCUUGAAGCGUUUCCUGCCUGUCUGGUGGCGGCGGCCAUUUUGUUCAUCCUCCUCCUCCUCCUGCUCCUCCUGGUUGGAGCGCAGUGUCCGGAGCGGGCUGGGGGGGAGCGGACCGAGAGUGGGGUUCAGUACCUUUUCCUCUGUCCCCAGCCGGAGCCCGGAGCCCCCCUCCCCUUCCUUCCCACCCCCUCCCCUCCCCGGCCCUGCCCUCCCCCUUGUCCCGGGAUCACUCCGUCGCACCCACCAUGAUGGAAGACGACGGACAGCCCCGGACUCUACACACACAAGCUAAGACAUAUGGUUCUAUCUUCAGAAAACAAUAUGGUGUUUAUAGCCUAGAUACGUAGGUAACCUCUCCAGAGAUGUGACAGAAGUCCUUAUACUCCAGUUAUUCAGUCAGAUCGGACCCUGUAAAAGCUGUAAAAUGAUAACAGAGCAACCCGAUAGCAGAAGGGUCAACUCUUCUGUUGGAUUUUCUGUUUUGCAGCAUACAAGCAAUGAUCCAUAUUGCUUUGUGGAAUUUUAUGAACACAGAGAUGCAGCUGCUGCAUUAGCUGCUAUGAAUGGCAGAAAAAUUUUGGGAAAGGAGGUCAAAGUAAACUGGGCAACAACACCAAGUAGCCAGAAAAAAGAUACUUCCAAUCACUUCCAUGUGUUUGUUGGGGAUUUGAGUCCAGAAAUUACAACAGAAGAUAUCAAAUCAGCAUUUGCCCCCUUUGGUAAAAUAUCGGAUGCCCGGGUAGUUAAAGACAUGGCAACUGGAAAGUCCAAAGGCUAUGGUUUUGUAUCUUUUUAUAACAAACUGGAUGCAGAAAAUGCAAUUGUGCACAUGGGGGGCCAGUGGUUGGGAGGUCGACAAAUCAGAACCAAUUGGGCCACACGUAAACCACCUGCCCCUAAAAGUACACAGGAAACUAACACUAAGCAGUUGAGAUUUGAAGAUGUAGUAAACCAGUCAAGUCCAAAAAAUUGUACUGUGUAUUGUGGAGGAAUUGCUUCUGGGCUAACAGAUCAGCUUAUGAGACAAACAUUUUCACCAUUUGGACAAAUUAUGGAAAUUCGAGUUUUUCCAGAGAAGGGCUAUUCGUUUGUCAGAUUUUCAACUCAUGAAAGUGCAGCCCAUGCCAUUGUCUCUGUUAACGGUACUACAAUUGAAGGACAUGUGGUUAAAUGCUAUUGGGGUAAAGAAUCUCCUGAUAUGACUAAAAACUUCCAACAGGUUGACUACAGUCAGUGGGGCCAGUGGAGCCAAGUGUAUGGAAACCCACAGCAGUAUGGGCAGUAUAUGGCAAAUGGGUGGCAAGUACCUCCCUACGGAGUCUAUGGGCAACCAUGGAACCAACAAGGAUUCGGAGUAGAUCAAUCACCUUCUGCUGCUUGGAUGGGUGGAUUUGGUGCUCAGCCUCCUCAAGGACAAGCUCCUCCUCCUGUAAUACCUCCUCCAAACCAAGCUGGUUAUGGAAUGGCCAGUUUUCCAACACAGUGAGCUGGGACUCUAAACACAGUUGUAACUCACCAUAGGCUGCAAUUUCGUAUGACACUUUGAAGACAUGAAAGUAAACAUCGGAAGUGAGAAUAUUUAUUUUAACAAUUGAAAUGUUGGAACCCUUAGCACAGCUUUGCCCGGGGAAGGACACGUGUCUUCUAGUUCUGCCUUUUUAAGUUUUUGUUCAUGAUGGAGAUGAACAUGAUUUUUCUUUGUGUACAAAAACUAAAAUAAAGUCAAUAAAGACAAUUCUGACUAUAAAUUUUGAUAUAAUAGGAGAAAUGGGUAAUACGUUUUGAUUCUUAGACACUAUUCCGUUUUUAUCUUGCUGUUCAGUAUUUUAACUCACUGUGUUUUUAAAAGAGCAAAAAAGGGAGUAUCGUGAAAACUGAGAAUCACAUCAGUACGUCCUGAAUUCUGAUACUCCCCUCCCAUCCCUGAGGUGGACCACAUUGAAGUCAGCAGGAAAAGUGUGAUUUCAGAAGAAAUACGUGAUGUGUGGGAAUCGCUGUGGAAGAAAUAUUGUUUCUCUCUCUAUUAAAGAAACUGAAGCCAGACUGAAAGCUUGCAACCUAAAUAAGGAACAGCAUCGUAGAAGUCCCUUGAGUGAAUGCUGGUGGUCCACAUUAAUACAUAUUUUUAAAACUUUCAAAGUGUUGGUUAUCAAAAUGUAGUAUAUUGCAUUUCAUUCUGGGGGGAAAUUCCAAGUAUGGUGUUUAUAUUAAAGUCAGACAGUCAUACUUGUGCUUUUACAUGGAGUUUAAAUGAUAAACAUUGUAAAUAUUGAAUAACUACAGUGUUCCAAAAGCAUGCUUCAACAUAGAAGUAGCAGCAGUGUACUUAUCCGAGGUGACAAGUGACAUCUAUUCUCACUGCAGCGAGGGAACAGGGAGCGCAGUGCUCGGUAACAAUGUUUCAGAUGCCGUUUCCAGGUUGGCCAUGUAAAUGAAGAUGACACAGAUGACCACACAGAAGAAGCCUUAAUUUAAUUUCAUACAGAUCCUGAAGCAUUAGCAUAUUCUAAAUUGUAAGUGGAAGUAAGUUAGUUUUGGACUUUUUUUUCUUUUUCUUUUUUUUUUUCUUUAUUUGGUACAAAAUACCUUGAUUAAAACCAGUGAAAUGAUUUCAAAUUUCCUGUAAGUUGUAUAGCACAAAUGUUUUUUUAAAAAUCUUGGGAUGUUUUUAAAAAUUAGAUAUAUUUUGCCCAAGAAUUUUUUUAACAAGAUUGCUAAAAUAUCUUAUUUAGACAGCUUGAUAUACCAAUUUAUAAUUGGAUAUUCAAUUUAAGUCAAACACAAAGUUGUGACUUUUAUUCCUAAUUUGUUCUUUUUCCUUGUGGGGAGCGUGUGGGUGACAGGCCUGAAGAGGCCUGAGUUGUAUGUGUGCACAGUUUGUAAAUGAGCCUAUGGGGAAGAUGCAGGAGUUCCUGGUGAGCUUCCAUGGCAUUUGUCAGUCUUUGUGGAUACAGUCUGCCUCAUAGUUCUAUAAACAAUCUAUGUUCAGUUGUGACAGCUAGGGGGUGCAAAUGUUCUGGCAGUGUAUUAAACCUGUUGGCCUGUGUAUGCACAAGAGCAAACAACCCCUAACGGUUCAGUGGUAAGGUCGGUAAGAUGCAGCUGGUGGCCGCACUUAGCCAUUGAAGUCUAAUGAUUAAGAUAAUGUGUUUUAUAUGUUGGUGACCACAAAACUUCUGGUAUUUUUCCUCCUUCACAGCCAAAUAUAUUUAGUAUAGAAAUUUACAGGGUCUGAAAUUCAUUUUUGAGCCAAAAUCUUAUGUACCUUAGUUUUUUUUUUUUUUUU